AUAAGGUGUACAUGGACUUCAUGUUCUUGAACCUGUAGACUGGAUCAUGUCGAUUUUAGUGAACAAUAUUUACACCAAAUUCAUGCCGUUAUCAUUGUUACAGAACUCUAUAUUUCGCAAUAUACCCUCGUGAUAUUUAGCCAAUUAAUAAACUGUAAAUAUGCCUAAGGGAAAGCGGAGAAGCGGAGGGAAGAAAGGUUCAAAACCAGAUGGGCUGAGGUUACCAAAUGACCGCGAGGAUACUGACCAUUCAGCGGAUAACUGUAGCGUCGUCAGUAACAUCUCUGAUGCCACAAGCAUUUACGAUGACAUUGGCGUCCAGACUGCUAUCGCAGAGCAGCAGGACGGUGACGACACUACCACAGUUGCUUUCGACGACUUUGAGGAGAAGGUCAAAGAUUGUAUUGAUGGAUGUACACAAAAAAGUGCUGGUGGACGACAGAAUUGCCUCAAAGGCUUAGUCACAGCAUUUUCCAAGAGAUAUGUAUUUGAUUUCUUGCUAGAUAGAUAUGUAACCAUAACCGAUAGUUUAGAAAGAUGUCUAAAGAAGGGAAAGGGUGAGGAACAGGUGUUGGCUGCGAAAUGUGCCAUGUCUUUAGUUAUCCAGCUGGGUCCUGGAGCCGAGGGGAAUGAAGUCUAUAGAUCUAUUAAACCCAUCAUGCAGACUGUGAUGCUGGAUCGAUCUGCCAGUUCUAAAGCAAGGGCUGCUUGUGCUGAAGGCAUGGCAGUGUGCUGCUUUAUAGCUGGAGGUGAUCUGGAGGAGGUAGUCACAAUGCUGAGUACACUAGAAACCAUCUUCAGUGCCUCGUAUCUUAAGGGAGACAAGAGCCCACCGACGGUCACACCAGAGAUGACCCAGUUGCACUUCGCUGCCUUGAAUGGUUGGUCUCUGCUACUCUCCAUAUCACCGCCGUCUGCUGUCGAUACGUUACUUUAUAGCCACCUACCUAAGCUUCCACAACUAUUAGAAAGUGCCGAUGUUGAUCUGAGAAUUGCUGCCGGUGAAGCUAUCGCUCUGAUGUAUGAGUUAGCGAGAGAGCAAGAUGAGGAAUUUGAAGGUGAUGACAUAGACAAUCUGUGCACGAUACUGAAGAGACUAGCCACUGACAGUAACAAGUACAGGGCAAAGAAGGACCGCAGACAGCAACGGUCGAGCUUCAGAGAUAUUUUGAAAACCAUUGAAAUUGGAGAAUCUCCAGAACUCUCAAUCAAAUUCGGACCCGAAGUUCUCAUCAUUGACUCGUGGGUACGGAAGAGGCAGUAUGAUAUGAUGUGUAACUGCAUCGGAGCCGGAAUCAACGUCCACCUACAGGAGAAUGAACUUGUGAGAGAUAUAUUUGAGCUCGGUGCACCAAUCCCAGUUGGUACUGCAAAACCUAUCAAAUCGAGCAAACAUGAACGGCACCAGUACAAUUUGGCGUGCUUCAAGGCGAGAACGAAAGCCAUGUCCAAGGUUCGCGACAAACGCAUGGUACAAGCUUCGUAUUGAAGUCGAAAUGCCCAGAGAUAUUUUUAGGUUUUCAAAUGUGAUGGCUUCCUCUCCCCUGUUACUGGGGGUCGUAGGUACGUGUGUCAAUUCCUGUCACCUUGCGGACUAAACGGGUCACAACUGAGACAGUCUUGCCAUUUCACCGGAGUAGGUUAUGGAGAAAUGUUUUUGAGUUCCUGAAGAUUUCUUCAGGGGGAAGUGAUGUUGUUACUGCCCAAUGAGAGGGUGAAGUACUUGCCGUUAUUGCAUGGAUCACCGGGUUAAAACAUACAUAGAUGGUCUUGGUUUUUGGGUCACUUUUGGAAAGAACUUUGAAAGUGACCCUAGAAAAAGGAAAUGCAUUUGAUAAAGAUAUUUUAAAGUUUAUUUUUUUGCAAAGUUUCAGGAAUUGAUGCGUAAUUGCGGCUCUCCAGUUUAAGAUAUAUGAUGUUUUGGCCAGCUGUGAUUGUGCCUGUGGGAUGUUAGUUACCCCUGCAGUGAAAUGAUUUUCUCGCCGGUUUCACUUUUGGGUCGGUAGUUCCAAUCAAAUCUGUACUGACAAAUUUGCAGGUAAAUCAAAGGAAUGGUCAGAGUGGUGUUAUAGAAAAGGCUGGGCUUCAAUUUGAUAACAUCUUCUUGGCAAUAAAGCAAGCUGUAUUUAGAUGCUAAGUCUUUACAAAUUUGUAAGCAAAAUUUGCAGCAGUAGGUGCUAAUUCUUUAAGUCACAAUCACGGUUCACCAAAGUAUUUGAUGCGGAGUGAUAUUGAUUUUGACUUGUUUCCCAAAACCUCUGUCUCAUAUGAUGUAUUUCUUUCCUCAUACCAACACCCUGAAGUAGCUUCCCAACUUGCUGAGAAAUAAGUUGGCAUUCCAUACAGCCGAGAACGCCAGAAUUUCACCUGUCAGUCGCUCUCAGUUUAUUAAGGGUCGACAAUACUCGGAAAAGGAAUUUGCCGACUUCAAAUUUCACAAGCUUUCUUUACCAGUCCAGGUAUGGUAUGCCAAGCUGUUCCUCGCAAAGUUGGGAAACUGAUUCUCCAGGUUGACUAUUAAACAUACCAGUGCUAUCAAAGAGUUAUAUUCAAUCCAGGGUUUUUAACAACGGUGCUAGGGUCAUAAUUAUUUUGUUGGUGUGAUCAGGUGGCAGUAUAUGUAUACUAUAUGUCAAAAGGGCUACUAUUAUUUUGGUGUUUUGUUUGACUGUCUUUGCGAGUCCUGCUUGGGUGACUGCCUUUUGUAAGAUGUGACGAUGAUUCAGUGCCCAAUUCUUAGCAAUAAUCGUCUGCAAGGGGCCAUUUGAUUUUAAAAUCAGUUCUGGGAACUAAAAAUUGUAGUAGCCAACAUUUUCUGCCAUGAAAGCUAAUAAAAAUCAUUAUGGCCCGUAUAAUUAUUUUUUGAUAUGGUGUUAGUCCAGUCAUAACUAAGGACAACUUUGAUGAGAAAUUGGUAAAAAUUUACCAGUAGUCAUCAAAUAGUGCCAACAGAAAUGCUCAUGUACUUACAUGUAAAGGUACAUGUAAUUGUAUUACAUGUACGUACAUGUACAUCUGUAUCAUGCAUUGGUCCAGUUUUCACCUGUGGCUUGUCCUCUGUCAAAUAAUUUUUGUUUUUCUUUCAUGCGUGUAUGCUUUUGUUUGCUCUUUUAAGCAAAAAAUAUGUAAUCAUGAUCUUUACCAUUAUCCGUGGUAUGAGAACUAUGUGCUUGGAAUAUACACUUUACCACAUCUAGGUAUCACAAAUUUACGCUGCUGGUGGAAGUCGUUUGCUGAAAUGUGUCGAAAUACUGUCAACGUCUUUAUUUUCACAGCCCUAAAUAUUUGUUGAAACAUCCUUUUCAGAUUUUCCUGACAUUUACUUCUUCGAAUGGAUUCCAUUUCCUAGUGAUAAAACUAUUAAGUUAACACUUGUGUGCCCCUGAAAUUUGUGCUUGUACCUACUCUCGAGAAAAUUGUAGAAUGAUUAGGCUGGUGAAAAUGAAGGGUUUAUGGUAGUUGACGUGUUUAAGAAGCUAGAGAGAAGCACUUGUUUUAUUUAUGCUACGUACAGUGGGCCCCAUUUGUUUGAAAAAUCUAAAAUUGCCUCAAGUGAGAUGUCAUGUGUCAACUUGAGGAACUCAAAGCUAGAGGCAUACUAACUUUUAUGUUAAAGGUAAUUUCAUACACUCAAUUCCAUGGCCCUAAACUAGAGUUACAAGUCCUUCAAAUGGUCUUGUGAAAGGAAAUUGAGAUUACUUGGAUGUUGUGUAGUGUUUUUUUCAAACAGCUGUCUAUGCAAUAAGUAUCGGAUAGAAUUGAAGAAGAAAAUAUUUCACGAAUGUAAAAGGCUUCUGGGCUUCGCGGAUUAAGAUUAUGAAUUAUGUAAUUGUUGCUUCUAAUUUAGGUUACGGUUGUGAAAAUGGGCUCGCAUUCAACCUGGUUUUGAGUCCAGUUUGAGUUGUGUUUGUGUUCUGCAUAACUGGAGUGGUGAUUCAAAAUAUACCUGUUUAUUACGAGCAGCCAGAAACUGACAAUUGACUGGCCGGAAUCCUUGGUGGGCUGGUGAAAUCAAGGGGCAAAAGGGACUGAUUAGGAUUUCCUUCUAAUCCUUUUGCCCCUUUAUUCACUUGCUCACAAAGGAAUCUGGCAGGUCUAUUGUCAAUUUCCAGCGGCCCGAGCUGGUACCGGUAUGUUAAUUUAAAACAUAACACUGAUGGCGACGAUUCUUUGCCGUGUCAGUCUUUAGGCCUAGACUGGAUGUAUAGUGACUGCCUUUAAAACACUAAAAUACACCAAAUGUUUAGCACCUGGUUAAAAACCUUGCCCUGCUAUUAGAGUCAAAUAUAUAUUGUAUACUACAAAAGGAAUAUAUUAUGAUUUUUGUACAGGCAUGUGAAGUUAUUAAGUUUUGGGGAAUGAAUAAACUAAUAUUGAAGGCUA